GCCAAGAGCAGCCAGAACUUAACCUCUCUUUCUUCUUGCUGCAAAUAAAAAUAGUACGAUCUUUGCCCUAUGAAUGAGUUAACCAGGCGUGUGUAUUGUUCGGUAUUUACUUUUGGUGGGGGCUGGCAAAAAGCCGUUUAAAUUUCUUCUGAGCCUUUUGUGCAAUUAAUUUGGCUCAGUUAUUGAACCGGCAAUCGCUUCCGUCGUUUUGUGAUUGUGAUGUCUAUAAAGUUUGUUCUCGAGUUCAGCUAGUAUCGUGUUCUCGGGUAAAUAUCACAUCCUGCAGACUGUCUAUUCUCAGAGCAUCUUCACUUCAGAAUGUCUAUAUUUCGUAGAAUCUCCUUGCUGGUUCCUAGGUUGAACACAUCCUCUCGACAAGUCUACCAACCUGUACUGAUCCAACAGCUGUUGGUGACAACCGCAAUGGACCGACGCAGCUACUCUCGGCACCCAAUCUCGAAGAGCGUGGACCUGAUCAGCGCGGACUGCGUCAAGUUGGGUCGCGGCAAAGUGGGCCCGCAGCUGGUGACCGACACACCGCGACCACUUGCCGUGGUGCUCGCCUGGAUGAUGGCGUCGCCAAAGCACCUGGCCAAGUACACCGACAUCUACCUGAAGCGCGGCUACGAUGUUUUGACUGUCAACUGCACACCUUGGCAGCUGUUGUGGCCUGUCAAGGGUAGUCAGGUGAUAGCAGAAGACGUAGUGAACUUCCUGGAUGAGAACAAGAGCUGCUGGCCGAUAGUGGUUCACGGCUUCUCGGUUGGCGGUUACGUGUGGGGUGAGGUCAUGGUUCGUCUCAAGGAGGACCUGUGCAGGUAUCAGCCGAUCAUCGACCGCAUCGUGGGACAGACGUGGGACUCGGCCGCCGAUUUCACAGAGUUCCAGGUGGGACUACCGCUGGCUGUCUUCCCCACUAACCCCAUACUCAGGCGGUUGUUGGAGCGGUAUGUCAGGUAAGAAAUUCGCCAAUGAAA